UGUACCUUUUUAAAAAUGCUCAACGGGAUCUUCUUCGUGUGCCUGUCUCUCAGUCUGUGCGCUGCAGGCUCCUCUGUGAGUUGCAAAUGGAUGCAGCAUAAAUUCCAGCAGUUUAGCAAAAACUCUUUGGAUCUAAUAGAUAGCAUGGCUAACAACUCCACCAACACCACUGAGGGUGCUGGAGUGGACUUCCCUAACCAUCUGUACAACGUAGCAUCUAAAGCAUCAGCUGAGGACAAACUCCGUUUCACAGUUCAGAUUCUGGAGGAGAUGGUUGUACUGUUCGAUGAAGAUAAGAAUAAUGCAUCAUGGGUGAAAAACACAGAAGAGAACUUCCUCCAGAUUGUAACCCAGUUGGCUGACGGCCUUCGCUCCUGUAUCGGGAACCACAGCCACAAGAAGAAGAACAGGAAGAUACAGAUGUAUUUCAAGAGACUCACAAGCCAUGUCCUGGAGCCAAAGGACCACAGUGCUGAAGCCUGGGAGCUGAUCAGGAGGGAGAUGAAAACCCAUCUUGUGAGAGCAGACCUGCUGGCUUCUUCUCUUCUCACCAACUAACAUCUGUCACACAUUGGCCAUGUCACCAUUUACUUGUUUCCAUAAUAUUAAUUUACCUAUUUAUUUAAAUAUCUAUUUAUUUGAUUGAGUUUUUUAUUUGAGCUGAGAGCAGAGCUGGCUUCAUCUCUCUUUAAGUAAAAAAUCCUUCUGUUAUUGCUUUUGUUUUUUUACUCGUGUAUUUAUUGGUUCACAAGUAAAUAUGUUGUUGUUCAAUUUAUGUUAACUAUUUAUUUAUGUUUUGUUGUUUUCUUUUUUUUUUUACCUGCAAAUAAUAAAAGUCCUUCUCAAACAAAGGGAAACAGCUUUUAUUUUUAUUCCUGCUACAUCAACAUUAAGUCUCUUGAUAUAGUUGAGUUUACACAAACACAUUUAUAAAGCAGAUGUCUUCUCACCAACUAACAUCUGUCACACAUGGGCCAUGUCACCAUUUAUUUGCGUAUUUGCUUUUCAUUUAUCUAUUUAUUUAAAUAUCUAUUUAUUUGAUUAUUGAGUUGUUUAUGUC